CCCCUGAUACCAGCCUGUGAGCCAGGGCGAUGGAAGUUGUAGCGGGCCGUCGGCAUACUGGUCCCAUGAUAGCUCCAAAUGGAUAUGCAAACAGGAUUUUCCAAGCAAACAUGGAGGAAGGGAGUACUGACGCGUUGGAGGUCUGUGGUGCUGAGCACUGCACCUCCAGCGAUGCAAUCCCGAAUGAACGGGAGGAAGCACCCAGGUAUAAGAAGACAACCAAGGGCAACCGGAUCUGGAAUUUUGUUAGACGAAGGAAAGGACUCUCUACGAAUAAAGGAAGACCCCAGUCCAUGAUCCUACUGGGAGUUACCUCUGAGGUCUCAGAAUUAAAAAAACCAUCCUUCAUGGACAGGGUAAGGCCGUUAAAAAAGGGAAGAACCUCCAGGAUGCCUAAGAAUGUGGAUUUGAGGGCAUCCAGAGUCCAGGUUGCUUGUGACCCUGAGGAGGACCAUCAUGCCAGCGGGCAAAGAGCUGUCUACAGGGUUAAGAAACUGGGUGACAGUCGGAGGCCCUCCCGCCACUCGUAUGCGGGGUACAUUGAUGAUUUGGAUUCUUCUUUUGAAGACAUAGAGCUGAAUAUCAGCAUUCCUGAAAUUGAUGCCAAUGAAAGUAAAUGUCUCAGGGAUAUUAGUGUCAGAUUACACAGUGAAGAUAAUGAUAGUAACUGCCAUAGAAUACCAGCUAGAAAGAGUGAGUCUUUGAAUUUUGAAAACUUUAAGAGUCCUGCAAUUACAGAAGGGGACAAUCAAAAGAGGUGUACUGUGCUCCCACAGGAGAGCAGAAGAGGAAGAAGCUCUGAUGUAUGGAGCUAUCUGAAAGGAAUUUCAUUAACUGGCAAAGAUAAUUCAAAGCUUCCAGAUCAAAGGGCUGAAACCAAUUUCCAGAACUUAGAAAAUAUAACUGAUCAUUCUACUUCUUAUUUUGACUUUGAUACGAGAUGUGAGGAGAAUCUCAGCCAGCGGAAAAAAUCAAACAGUGCAACCAAAGCCACUCACUUUGGGGGUGUUGUGAGGUUCUUCAGCAGUGUGGCCGAGGCAGCCCGGAGGCUGCGAGGCUCCUCAAGGGCAUUUUCGCCUGAUGAGAAAAGGCCUCAGCGGAGUUUCCGAAGCUGGAGGCAGGAUGUUACCUCCCAGAAAGAGGGCUUGGUUAUCGAGAACGAGGGCGCAAGGGCCUUCUGCACGGUGGGAGCGUGCCUGCAGUCCCCAGAUUCAGGCACAUGGGACAAUCUGAGCUUUGAGAGUUUGGUGGGGAAGGAGCCCAUGCAGCAGUGCAAAAUGACAGAAGUGUCGCAAGACGUUGGCUCCUCUGCCCUGGGCAGCGAGAAUGAUAGAUUUAAUGAAACAUCACUUUCUCCCUUUGAGCCAGAACCGUCCAUCUCCCACCUGCCAGAGCUCGCAGAUGACUCUCUCACUGAGCUAAAUACUAAAGACUCCUCUGAGGAUCUGACCGACUUCCCACAGACGACUCUGACUAAACAGAUUCAGGAUUCGGGCAGUUCUCCAGAGAAGGCACAGGUCACGGGCAGGGACCUGCCAUGUUCUCAAGGUCUUCCUGUGAAUAAUCUGGAUACUGCGGACCUGGGCCGUUCUUCAGCUGCAGAUGGUGACUUUUCUGCAGCGACUGAGGCUGUGAUCCACCUUCCACAGAUGACCCUGACUAAACUUGAUACUGAGGACGUGGCUUGUGCUCCGGUGGUUGCUAAAGACACAGGUCCGUCUCCAGCAGUGGCUCAGGAGCUUUCAAAGACAGAACUGGAUAUGCAGGACUUAAGAAAUCCUGAGCUGUCUUUGCAAGACUUGUCUAGAGGUGAGCUGGGGAUUCAGGACUUGGGCAGUACUCCAGAGAAGACACAGGUGGUGGGCAGGGCCCUGCCACAUUCUCAAGAUCUUCCUGUGAAUAAUCUGGAUGCUGCGGACCUGGGCUGUUCUCCAGCUGCUGAUGGUGACUUUUCUGUAGUGACUUUUAUAGAAUGUGCAACAGUUAAAGGACAGGUUUUAGAGCAGACUGAUUGCCACAUUAAAAAGUGCGGAACCACUUCAUUUGUAGAACAAAACUCUGUAGAGGUAACUGACAGAGGGGAACAGUUUAACUGUAACGACGAGUGCCGUCCGUUCCAAGUGCACGUCUCUAGAAUUGUCUCCUCCGGACGGCUCAAAAACGGAAAGCCGAUGUCUCAUCCCUCUCAACCAUCCCCACAAGCACCACCCUUCAAAGUCCUUGUGGAGAGAUGUCGCUCCGAACCCCUCUCCCAGAGCACCCCGAUGGGGCUGGACCAGGUGGGAGGGCGCAUGCAGCACUUGCUCAGAAGACGCGCUGAGAACGAACAGGCUUCAAAGACUCUGAAGGUGCGCGGGAACUGCAGGAACGGUGGACGUCGAUGGAACCUCUUCAAGCCUGGAGCUGAGAAGCUGCAAAUCAGUAGGCUGAUCAGUGGUGGUUCUAUUGUAAGUGCUGAGGCAGUAUGGGAUCACGUCACCAUGGCCAACCGGGAGUUGGCGUUUAAAGCAGGAGACGUUAUCAAGGUCCUGGAUGCUUCCAACAAGGACUGGUGGUGGGGUCAGAUCGAUGAUGAAGAAGGAUGGUUUCCCGCCAGCUUCGUGAGGCUAUGGGUAAACCAAGAAGAUGGAGUGGAGGAGGGAACCAGCGAUGUGCAGAAUGGCCAUUUGGAUCCAAGCGCCGACUGCCUCUGUCUCGGCAGGACCGUUCAGAACCGAGACCAGAUGAGAGCCAACGUCAUCAAUGAAAUCAUGAGCACCGAGCGCCACUACAUCAAGCACCUCAAGGACAUUUGCGAGGGUUACUUAAAGCAGUGCCGGAAGAGGAGGGAUAUGUUCAGUGAUGAACAGCUAAAAAUCAUCUUUGGUAACAUCGAAGAUAUCUACAGAUUUCAGAUGGGUUUUGUCCGGGACUUGGAGAAACAGUACAACAACGAGGACCCCCAUCUCAGUGAAAUUGGACCAUGUUUCCUUGAACACCAAGAUGGCUUCUGGAUCUAUUCGGAGUACUGUAACAAUCAUUUGGAUGCAUGCAUGGAGCUUUCCAAGCUGAUGAAAGAUAGCAGGUACCAGCACUUCUUCGAAGCGUGUCGUCUGUUGCAGCAGAUGAUUGAUAUCGCCAUAGACGGUUUCCUUCUGACGCCAGUGCAGAAGAUCUGCAAAUACCCCCUGCAGCUCGCAGAGCUGCUGAAGUACACCGCGCAGGAUCACAGUGACUACAGGUAUGUGGCUGCUGCUCUUGCCGUCAUGAGGAAUGUGACUCUACAGAUCAACGAGCGGAAGCGGAGAUUGGAGAACAUUGACAAGAUAGCUCAGUGGCAGGCCUCCGUUCUGGACUGGGAGGGAGACGAUAUCUUGGACCGCAGCUCAGAGUUGAUCUACACGGGAGAGAUGUCCUGGAUUUACCAGCCUUAUGGACGGAACCAGCAGCGUGUUUUCUUUCUCUUUGAUCACCAGAUGGUUCUCUGCAAGAAGGAUCUGAUACGAAGAGAUAUUCUGUAUUACAAAGGUCGCAUAGACAUGGAUAAAUAUGAAGUGGUGGAUAUAGAAGACGGGAGAGAUGAUGACUUCAAUGUCAGCAUGAAGAAUGCCUUCAAACUUCAUAACAAGGAGACUGAGGAAAUGCACUUAUUCUUUGCCAAGAAACUGGAGGAGAAGUUACGAUGGCUUAGAGCUUUCAGAGAAGAAAGGAAGAUGGUAAAAGAAGAUGAAAAGAUAGGCUUUGAAAUUUCUGAAAAUCAAAAGCGGCAAGCGGCAAUGACAGUAAAGAAAGUCAGUAAGCAAAAAGGUGUGAGCUACUCCAAGUCGGUUCCUCCAGCCUACCCACCACCCCAGGAUCCAUUAAAUCAGGGACAAUACAUGGUGACAGAUGGCAUAUCCCAGUCCCAGGUCUUCGAGUUCACCGAACCCAGACGCAGCCAGGCACCAUUCUGGCAAAACUUCAGCAGGUUAACACCAUUCAAAAAAUAAUACCUAGAGAGAUGGAGAAUUUUAACUUAAAAGAACUAAAAUUUAAAAAUAAAAAUAAAUAAAAUUAUA